AUGGCUCCUUCCGUAGCAGAAGUUCCCACAGACACCGUCUCCCACCUGCCGCUGAAACUGUCAGCGAACGGUGACAAGACGAACGGUGCCCUUGCCAGCAUCUCAACCCUCGAGCUCAAGGAUGUCGCAAAGACAGACCUUGUCCUGCGGACAUUCAGAUGUCUCAUUGCCGACCUCUGUGAGCAAUUCAAGGGUGGCCACCCUGGGAGUGCCAUGGGUAUGGCAGCCAUUGGUGUCGCGCUGUGGAAGUACGUGAUGCGUUACUCGCCAGAGAACCCCAACUUCUUCAACCGGGACAGGUUUGUUCUCUCAAACGGCCACUGCUGUUUAUGGCAGUAUACCUUCAUGCACCUUGUCGGCUACAAGAACAUGACGCUUGACCAGCUAAAGUCCUACCACUCCGCCCGGACCGACUCCAUCUGCCCAGGACACCCCGAGAUCGAACAUGAGGGUAUUGAGGUGACGACAGGACCCCUUGGCCAGGGUAUCGCGAAUGCCGUCGGUCUGGCCAUGGCCACCAAGCAUCUGGCCGCCACAUACAACAAGCCCGGCUUCCCCGUGGUGGACAACACGACGUGGUGCAUGAUCGGCGACGCAUGCCUGCAGGAGGGCGUCGGCCUGGAGGCCAUCUCGGUGGCCGGCCACUUCAGACUGAACAACCUGGUCGUGGUCUACGACAACAACCAGAUCACCUGUGACGGCUCGGUGGACCUGACCAACACCGAGGAUGUCAACGCCAAGAUGACGGCCUGUGGCUGGAAAGUCAUCGACGUCAUGGACGGCAACCACGACGUCGAGGGCAUCGUCUCCGCACUGGUCGAGGCCCGCGCGAGCACCGACAAGCCCGUCUUCAUCAACAUCCGCACUGUCAUCGGAAUUGGCAGCAAGGUGGCCGGCGACGCAAAGGCGCACGGUGCCGCCUUUGGGCCAGACGAUGUCGCCAACAUUAAGAGGAACGCCGGUUUCGACCCCGAGAAACACUUCCAGAUCUCACAAGAGGUGUACGACUACUUUGCCGAGAUCAGGAAUCGGGGCCGUGGUUUUGAAAAGGAGUGGGAUGACCUAGUCGCAUCGUACGGAGGCGAGUACCCAGACCUGGCCAACGAGUUCGGGCUCCGCGUCCGCGGCGAAUUCCCAGAGGACUGGACGAAGCUUAUUCCCAAGAAGGAGGAGUUCCCAACGGCACCUACAGCAUCGCGAAAAUCCGCAGGACUUGUCUGCAACCCCUUGGCUGCUAAGCUGAGCAACUUCAUGGUCGGAACAGCCGACCUGAGCCCUUCAGUCAACAUGAUCUGGAAGGGCAAGACCGACUUCCAACAUCCUGACCUCCGACCCACAUGCGGCAUCACCGGCGACUACUCAGGCCGCUACAUCCACUGGGGCGUCCGCGAGCACGCGAUGGCGGCCAUCUCGAACGGCCUCGCGGCCUACAACAAGGGCACUAUCCUCCCCGUGACCUCCACCUUCUUCAUAUUCUACAUAUACGCCGCCCCGGGCAUCCGCAUGGGCGCCCUGCAGCGCCUCCAGGCGAUCCACAUCGGCACGCACGACAGCAUCGGCACGGGCGAGGACGGGCCCACGCACCAGCCGGUUGAGCUGGCAGCCCUGUACCGCGCCAUGCCAAACCUGCUGUACAUCCGCCCAUGCGACAGCGAGGAGGUCGCAGGCGCCUUCAUCGCGGCCCUCAGCGCCCGCGAGACCCCGUCCAUCAUCUCGCUGUCCCGCCAGAACCUCGAGCAGUACCCAGCCCACUCGUCGCGCGACGGCGUCCUCCGCGGCGCCUACCCCUUCAUCGAGGACGACGAGGCCGACGUUACGCUGAUAGGCGUCGGCGCCGAGAUGGUAUUCGCCGUGCGGGCGCGCGACGCCCUCCGCGACCGCCACGGCCUGCGCGCCCGCAUCGUCAGCUUCCCCUGCCAGCGCCUGUUCGACGCCCAGCCGCGCGAGUACAAGGCCGAGGUCCUGCGGUACAAGGGGGCGAAGGCUCCGCCCCGCGUAGUUGUCGAGGCCUAUGCCGCCAACGGCUGGGAGCGCUACGCCGACGCCGGGUACUCGAUGAGCUCCUUCGGCCACUCGCUGCCUGGUGCCGACGCCUACAAGUACUUCGGCUACGAACCGGAGCUGAUUGCCUCGCGCGUCGCCGCUUUCGUCGGGGAGUGGAAGGAGCGUGGUCCGGAGGAGUUCCGUGGCGAGUUUAAGGAUCUAAAUGUUAGAUCUAAGGACCAUUAG